AUGCACUGGUGCCAAUUUUAUGCCAACCUCAACAGCGCUGAUGCUGAUGCCGCCGCUGUGAUAUCGCCCAAAACCAUGUCUACCAAGCCGAUGUAUGCGGCUGAGCCGCCAGAUGGAGAAAUACGGGUGACAGUGAACCCGCCUUUCAAGGGCCAAGGAAUAGUGCCAGUCGCCAUCGUGACUACCAUCGCAGCAUUACUCAUUUUGUCUUUGAGAAUGUUCACGAGGAUUUAUGUGAUACGACGAGGCUUGGGAUGGGAUGAUUAUCUUGUCACGAUCUCAAUGGCUGGAUCCAUCUCCUUCAUGUGUCUCUCUAUCCACAUUGUCAAACUCGGCGCAGGCCUACAUGUAUGGGAUGUGCUUUACGAUAACUUCAUCGCAUACCUGGCAGCGAAUUUGGGCAUAACCAUAUCAUAUUCCAGUUGUGUCUCCUUUGCUAAACUGUCUAUCCUGGCUUUGUAUCUUCGACUGUCCCCUGAACGCAUCUUUCGCCGAGCAGUCUACACGCUGCUGAUAAUCACUUCUCUUUAUACGACCGCCUACAUACUCAUGAGCAUUUUCCUGUGCCGGCCUGUCUCAGCACAAUGGGACCUUUCUAUAACAGGAAAAUGUGUUGAUAAAUUUUCCUUGAUGAUGACGCUUAGCAUCGCCAACAUUCUCAUCGAUAUGACAAUUCUACUUCUUCCUGUCGGAGUUGUCGUACCAUUACAGAUGCCCAAAAUGCAGAAGGCAUCGCUGCUUGUACUCUUCGCAACGGGCGGCUUUGUCUGUGGCAUCGCCAUAUAUCGCACCUACAUUCUGCCGGGGCUUCUACGAAGCUCCGACUGGACCUGGAACUGUGCUGGCCAGAACAUCUGGGGAACAGUGGAAUGUAACCUUGGCAUCGUCUGCGCUUGUGUCCCCGCCUUGAAGCCCUUCUUCGUACGAUACCUUCCCACGAUAUUUUUGUCUCAAGCCUCCAGCCUUGAGCCCAGCCAGACGAUGCAAGCCUACUCCACGACGGUUAGCAAGAAUCGUAAACGGAGAGGCGAGGCCGAUUCGGGCCAAGCGUAUGAGCUGAGCAGUCGCGAUGAGGCAGAAGAUAACAGCGAUCAGGCCAAGCUGUGGUCGAGAUCGAGGACAACGAUAAGUCCUGUACCAUUGACUCGUACUGGCGAGAUGGAUGAGCAGGUCCUUCGGACUCUCUUGAUUGACUGUGGACGAAGCUGUGAUCCUGAGUCGGGUCCUGUUUGGGGCGGCGUGGAGCAGUUGACAACGAUCAUCGAGGCGCCAACUAUCACAAUUGUCACAAAUUGUUGUUUCACAGAUGAGUUCAUGCCCAAAGAGGACCUGGCCUGGCAGUCAACCUCUUCUGCACCCUCUGAUCCUGGCGUUUGUUUCUUUUGUCAUCCUGACGAUUAG